AAUUCUGGGAUAUCAGUCAUGGCGGCUCCCAUAAUAAUGCUCGGGAGAAAUGUUGGGGCAGUUGCGAGGACAAUUUUCAGGACAUCACGGGCAUUACAUCAAGUGGGCAUUUGUGGACUAUAUGACAGACCAGCUAUUUUCAGCCAAUCAUGCCGUUUGCUAUUACCAGCAACUUUCCACAUUGCCAGUGUCCUCAGAAGUGCCCCUGCUAUCACAGUCACAGAUGAACCAGAUGCCCUCUAUCAGAAGGUUGAAGUGCUGGUGAAGGGCCAUGACAAGGCUGUUCUUGACAGUUAUGAAUUCUUUGCCACCAUGGCUGCCAAAGAACUGGGCAUUGGUCUCAGCAAAGUGUAUGAGCCACCCAAACACAUUGAGAGGUUAACAUUGCUGAAAUCUGUGCACAUCUUCAAAAAACAUAGGGUUCAGUAUGAGAUGAGAACUCAUUUCAGAUGCAUUGAGCUGUCGAGAAUAACAGGAUCCACAGCGCAAGUAUACUUGGAAUACAUUCAGAGGAAUCUCCCAGAAGGUGUAGCCAUGGAGGUGACAAAGACUGCCAUAGAGAAGGUUCCAGAACAUAUCCAGAAGCCCAUGUGGGAUGAAGUCCCAACAAAAGAACAAGAACAAGCAAGCCAGUGAGUGGAGAGUGAAGAACAUCAACAGAACGUCUCAAUCCCUUCUUACCUGCUCUUAAGUUUGAAGAGUGGCCUCCAAACCUUUAGUCCAAAUAAGCUGCAUUUUGUGGCAUUUGGACAUUUCUGUGUCAUUGUCAACAGAGAAAGUAUAAUGCAUUUAUGUGUAUUGCAGAACUGUUCAUUUGUUUUAAUAUAAUUUUCUGUUAAAUAUUUGUUUUAUUAAAUCAUUGAAGAAAAUA